GUCCCGACCCAACUAAAAUAAAUAACUCGAUCGUCCCUCUUCUCUUCUCUCUCUCUCUCUCUCUCUUAAAAGCCAGUUCAGCAUAUAUAGUUUUACAUUUUGAGCUGGAUUUCCAUUUGAAUUGAAGGGGAACGACUUAUCAGAAAUGACCCUCGUCGGGGAAAUGGAUUCAGGGGAGAAAAGGCUCAAUGAGCUAGGAUACAAGCAAGAACUCAGGAGAGAGAUGACUCUGUUCAAGACGCUGGCAAUAUCAUUUUCGACAAUGACACUUUUCACAGGGAUAACUCCUCUGUAUGGUUCAAGCCUGCUAUACGCAGGGCCAGCAAGCCUUGUUUGGGGAUGGGUUGUGGUGUCAUUUUUCACCUGGUUUGUUGGCAUUGCAAUGGCUGAAAUCUGCUCCUCUUUUCCUACAACGGGUUCUCUUUAUUUCUGGGCUGCCCAUUUAGCAGGCCCCAAAUGGGGGCCAUUCGCAUCGUGGUGCUGUGCUUGGCUUGAGACAAUAGGGCUAAUAGCGGGCAUAGGAACACAGGCUUAUGCAGGUUCUCAGACUUUGCAAAGUAUCAUUCUGUUAUGCUCCGGCACGAAUAAGGAUGGAGGCUACUUGGCUCCAAAAUGGUUAUUCUUGUGCAUGUACAUGGGCCUUACUGUGAUAUGGGCAUUCCUCAACACAUUUGCUUUGGAAGUUAUUGCUUUCAUUGAUGUCAUUUCAAUAUGGUGGCAGGUUAUUGGAGGACUUGUCAUAGUUAUUAUGCUACCCCUUGUAGCGCUGACAACGCAGCCUGCUUCAUACGUGUUCACUUCUUUUGAAGUGGCACCAGAAUCUACUGGGAUAUCAAGCAAAGCUUAUGCAGCAAUUCUCUCUCUGCUUGUCAGUCAGUAUUCACUGUACGGAUAUGAUGCUGCUGCACAUCUGACUGAAGAAACGAAGGGUGCAGACAAGAAUGGACCAAUUGCCAUUCUCUCUAGCAUUGGAAUAAUUACUGUAUUUGGUUGGGCUUACAUCUUGGCCCUCACUUUCAGCAUUCAGAAUCCAAGCUACCUGUUUGAUCCAACGAGCGAAACUGCUGGGACAUUUGUACCAGCUCAAAUACUCUACGAUGCAUUCCACGGGAGAUAUCACAAUGCUACGGGUGCUAUCAUUUUGCUUUUUGUCAUCUGGGGCUCAUUCUUCUUUGGUGGGCUUUCAAUCACCACAAGUGCAGCCAGAGUGGUAUACGCUCUAGCAAGAGAUGGUGGGAUUCCAUUUUCAUCCGUGUGGCGAAAAAUUCACCCGAAACACAAAGUUCCCUCGAACGCAGUGUGGCUUUGUGCAGCCAUAUGCAUUCUUCUCGGACUCCCCAUCCUGAAAGUAAAUGUAAUUUUCACGGCAAUAACUUCCAUAUGCACGAUAGGCUGGGUUGGUGGUUACGCUGUUCCAAUAUUUGCAAGAUUGACCAUGGACGAAAAGAACUUCAAAGCUGGACCAUUUUACUUGGGAAAAGCAAGCAGGCCAAUUUGCUUGGUGGCUGUGUUAUGGAUUUGUUAUACUUGCUCCGUUUUCCUUCUCCCAACGUAUUAUCCGAUCACUUGGAAUACUUUCAAUUAUGCACCUGUUGCUCUGGGUGUGGGUCUUGGUGUCAUAUUGCUUUGGUGGGUAGUAGAUGCCAGAAAAUGGUUUAAGGGGCCUGUUAGGAACAUUGAUGUUUCAAAUGGGAAAGUCUGACUCCCACAGUUCGAUUGAAUUUUUGUGUGUAUGCUCUGAAGCUCACUUUUGAUUUUGCUGGAGUAGCAUGAUAUGUUGCUAGGAACAUUGAUUGUUAUAUAUAGAAUGUAAUUGUUUCAAGGAAUGAACA